UGGAGAACAGACGUUCUUCACGUCCUCCUUCAUCUGUGUCCGUAGCAGAGAGCGACGACGACGACACUUCAGGUCAGAGAGCACGAGGACUUUUCUCUGGUCAGCUGACAGGAUGAGUGACGUGGCUCCAUUGGCUUCCUGCAAGGUAACGGGCCCAUCAUCACCUGGAUGUGGUUCCCGUGGCAACGAGCCUCCGGCCUUCGUCCUCCCUCCCCGCAAUGCGCGGGUCGCCCUCGGGGGAGACGCCCGACUGGAGGGGAAGGUGCGUGGUCAUCCUGAGCCUCUGGUCACGUGGUACAGAGAGGGGAGGCCUGUGGUUGGUGGAGAGCACCAUUGUGUUUUAGAGCAAGGUGGGCGGGGCACCUUCAGUCUGGUGGUGGGCGGAGUCAGAAUGGAGGACCUGGGUUGUUACACCUGUCAGGCGACCAAUCAGGCGGGGAGCAGACAGGUCACUGUGGAGGUCCUUCUGGAAGAGGAUUCUGGGAAGAAGUUCGUCCUCCCGUCCUCCAUGACACCAGGGUGCCGCUCUUCUGUCCUGGCCCUGGAGAAGAGGCUCAGCAUUUGGGGCGAGAGUCCGCCCAAGUUCGUCAGCAAACCGAGCCGAGUCUACGCUGAGCUGGGCCAGAGCGGGAAGUUCACCGCCAAGGCAACCGGACGUCCGCAGCCCCGGGUCACAUGGCACAAGGAGGGGGCGGGGCUUCAGUCCUGUGAGCGGGUCAGUGUGUAUGAGCGAUGUGGCCUUCACUUCCUGGAGAUCAAGGAAGUCUGUGUGGACGACGCAGGCAGCUACACGUGUUCGGUCACCAACAGCGCCGGGACAGCGACCGCCAGCGCAGAGCUCCACGUCCAGGGUGUUUCAGAAGACACGACCAGGGGUUCUGGUGCUGACGCCUCCUGCAGGACCGUCCAGACAGAGCAGAGACCUGAGCCCGGACCCUGGGACAAGCUACAGCAGAGGCCCCCUGUACGCCUCCCCCUGGUGGCCCCGCGAACUACAGCUGCUCAAGUCACACAGGUCCGGUCUGGCCUCCGUCCAGGUCCAGUCCAAACUGGUCCAGUCCAGACUGGUCCAGUCCAGACUGGUCCAGUCCAGGACGGCAGCAGGGCUGCGCAGCGGUCUGUGUCGGGGUCCAACCUGCGGUUCCAGGCCGUCCCUCUAGACCAGGAGGCCACAGAGGGAGGACAGGUGACCUUCACCUGCCAAGUCUCGUCUGCUGUUAUCGCCAUGGUUACCUGGCUGAAGGACGGCGGACAGGUGUGGACGGGACCGGGUCUGCAGCACAGACAGGAUGGCACCCGUCUCACUCUCACCAUGGAGAGAGUGAGACAGGUGGACCAGGGCACCUACAGCUGUCAGCUGACCACAGCUGAUGGACUGACGGUCACCUCGGCAACCUGGACACUCAGCAUCCACGGUGCGUCUCGCCCCCCGUCCUUCCUGAGCGAGCUGCAGGGCUGCUCAGUCACUGAGGGUCAAGCGUUCAGCCUGCAGGUCUGUGUGGAGGGGAAACCAGCCCCGGCCGUCAGCUGGCUGCUCAACGAGGGCCGUCCUCCAGCGGGGGCGCGGUCCUCGCACGUCGGAGGCGUGGCAACGCUGACUGUCCAGAAUGCUUUGCGGCAGCAUGAGGGCGUGUAUGUGUGUGUGGCUCAGAACGGCCACGGCCGAGUGGAGAGCGGCGCCCGGGUCCAGGUCAAAGGCACACUGAAGGGUCGUAGGUCAGAGGUCACAGGAGUCGGAGGCGUGUCCAAGGCUCCGAGCUUCAUCAGCCGACUGACUGACCUGAAGGUGAUGGACGGCAGCAGAGUCGCCAUGACGGUGGAGCUGACCGGCGACCCCCCUCCAGAGGUGGUGUGGCUCCACGACGGGCAGGAGGUGGCAGAGUCCGAGGACUUCCGCCUGCUCAGGGAGGAGAACCGCUGCACUCUGCUGAUCCAGGAGGUUUUCCCCGAGGACACCGGCACCUACAGCUGCCGGGCCCGGAACCAGCACGGAGACGACCACACCCAGGCCCGACUCACCGUGGAGGAGCCUCAGGACGGCGUCCAGCCGUGGUUCAUCACCAAACCCAAACCUGUGAGCGCUGCGGUGGGUCAACACGUCCUCCUGUCGUGUGCCAUCGCUGGAGACCCGUUCCCCCGGUACACCUGGACCAGAGCCCACCUGGGCCGACCUCUGACCUCUGGAGAGGACUACGAGCUGCUGCAGAAGGAGGACGUUGUCUCGCUGCUCAUCAGGAGAGUGAAGAGGCAUCACUCUGGAGACUACCUGAUCAGCCUGAGGAACAAUGUUGGUGAGUGCACAGCUGUGGCCCAUCUGUCUGUCACUGGUGGAGAGACAGUGAGGAGGAGAGGAGGAGAGGACGACAGCCCUGCAGCAGCAGGAGGAAGAGGAGGAGGAGGAGCAGCAGCUGGUGGGACCGCAACAUUGAGAGGAGGAGGAGGAGGAGGAGGAGGAGGCGUGGAUCUGAGCGGCAGCAGCAGAGGUGGUGUCAGUCGGCAGUGGCAGGAGGCCAACGAGGAGCAGAAGGAGAACCAGCCUCUCCUGCACCUGCACAAGGAGGAAGAGAAGAAGAAGAAGAAGCAGGAGGCCGAGCAGGACUCUCCCAUCGCCAUUGCCGCUCGCCAAGGCCUCCUCAGACACGGUGUGGACACCAGGGAGCGUGGCGAAGAGGAGCUGCGACAGAGGGAGGCGCAGCAGCUGGAUUUCCGCUCGCUGCUGGGACGCCAAGCUUUCCACGCCAAGAACAACCAGGGAGUGAAGCCAAGGGAGGCCGGCCUCGCCACCGCCACCGCUGAGCACCGCCGCCACCCACAGAUGGAUUUUAAGGCAAACCUGAAGGGUGUCAAGCCCAAGAUGGAGGACAACCGCAAGGGGAACGCCCCGCAGCAGGUCGACUUCCGCGCCGUGCUGGGGAAGAAGGGCGCCGUCAGCAGCAACGAGACGCCUGAAAAGAACGCCGCCGACUUCAGGUCCGUCCUCGCCAACAAAAAGAAGCCGGCAAACCCAGAGAAAAACGGCGAGCCAGAGAAGACGGCGGUGAACAACUGUGUGGAUGGAGGGAUUAGUGAGACGAGGAGCGGCGGCGGCGGAGGGAAGGUGCCGGAGUUCUUGGAGAAGCUCAGUGAUGCGACGGUGGUGGAGGGGCAGCGCCUUCGCCUGCAGUGUCGCCUUGGCGCCGCCUCCGAGGUCACCGUCACCUGGACGCUGGACGGGAAGGUCGUCAAACCGUCCAAGUUCAUCGUGCUUGCCAAUGAAGGCGGCCUGUGCUCUCUGACCAUAGACAAAGCUCUGCCGGAGGACGAGGGUCAGUACAGGUGCAGAGCCGAGGGCGCAGCAGGACAAGCCGAGAGCUGCUGCAUGGUUCUCGUGGACGACCCAGCAGAAAACUCUCCGGCAGACAAGUCGAAGAAGUCGACUCCGACCUCAGAGAGUGAAGCCAGGAUAAAGAAACCGACUCCCAAGACUCCUCCGAAACAAGCUUUGCCUCCUCACAUCCUGCAGUUCCCAGAGGACAUGAAAAUCCUCGCGGGGCAGAAGGUGGAGAUCCUCUGCAAGUUCUCUGGAGCUCCGCCCAUCAACUGCACCUGGCUCAAGUUCAGGAAACCAAUCCAGGAGGGCUCGACUGACAUCUCCAUCGUUGGCAGCGACGGCAGCAGUCAGCUGACCAUCUCCAGCGGGCAGCAGGAGCACUGCGGCUGUUACACCGUGGAGCUGAGGAACAGCUACGGCCUCCGACAGGCGGCGCUCAACCUCACCAUCGUCGAUAAGCCCGACCCCCCAGCGAGGGUCCCGGCGGCCUCAGACGUGCGGCGAUCCAGUCUGACCCUGUCGUGGUACGGGCCGACCUACGACGGCGGCAGCGCGGUUCAGUCGUACAACCUGGAGAUGUGGGACUCGGUGGAGCAGCAGUGGAAACACCUGGUGUCCUGCAACAGCACCUCGUACAACGUGCAGAACCUUCUUCCAGAACGUCAGUACAAGUUCCGUGUGCGGGCGGAAAACAUUUACGGUGUCGGAGACCCGAGCGCCGAGUCGGCGGCCGUCACAGUGGGACUGGUGGACGACGAGAAUCCUGACGAGGCCGAGGAGGACGAGGAAGACUCAGAGAAGGAGCCGGACUACAGAGACGUAAGCAUUCGGACAGACGUGAAGGUGAAGGAGCUGUACGACGUGGAGGAGAGGCUGGGAACGGGAAAGUUCGGUCAGGUCUUCAAACUGGUGGAAAAGGCCACGAAGAAGGUUUGGGCGGGGAAGUUCAUCAAGGCGUACUCGGCCAAGGAGAAGGAGAACGUCCGGCAGGAGAUCGGCAUCAUGAACAGCCUCCACCACCCCAAACUGGUCCAGUGCAUCGACGCCUUCGAGGGCAAGUCCGACAUCGUCAUGGUGCUGGAGAUGAUCUCGGGCGGCGAGCUGUUCGAGCGGAUCAUCGACGAGGACUUUGAGCUGACGGAGCGGGAGGUGAUCAUAUACAUGCUGCAGAUCAUCGACGGAGUCAACUUCAUCCACAAGCAGGGCAUCGUCCACCUCGACCUCAAACCUGAGAACAUCAUGUGUGUCAACAAGACCGGCAGCAAGAUCAAGCUCAUCGACUUCGGCCUCGCCAGGCGGCUCGAAAACGCUGGAACUCUGAAGGUUUUGUUCGGGACCCCAGAGUUCGUGGCCCCCGAGGUGAUUAACUACGAAGCCAUCAGUUAUCCCACCGACAUGUGGAGUAUAGGAGUCAUCUGUUACAUACUGCUGAGCGGUCUGUCUCCCUUCAUGGGCGACAACGACAACGAGACUCUGUCCAACGUGACCUCGGCCACCUGGGACUUUGAGGACGAGGCCUUCGACGAAAUCUCCGACAACGCCAAAGACUUCAUCACCUACCUGCUGAAGAAAGACAUGAAGGCUCGGCUGACCUGCGCUCGGUGUUAUGAACACCCCUGGCUGAAGCAGGACACCAACACCAUGAAGGCCAAGAAGCUCUCCAAGGAGAGGAUGAAGAAGUACAUCCUGAGGAGGAAGUGGCAGAAAACGGGUCACGCUGUGCGAGCCAUCGGCCGACUGUCAUCCAUGGCCAUGAUGGCUGGAGUCAGUGCCAAGAAGGGUUCGCCCACUGAAGAGGACAACCAGUUCCUGGAGUGUCUGGAGUACGAGCAGAAGACGGAGUGUAAGCCGACGUUCAGCUCGGUCAUCAAAGACGUGGAGGUGGUGGAGGGCAGCGCCGCCCGCUUCGACUGCAAGAUAGAAGGUUACCCCGACCCCGAGGUGGUGUGGUACAAAGACGACCAGCCCAUCAAAGAGACCCGACACUUCCAGAUCGACUACGACGAAGAAGGAAAAUGCAGUCUGGUCAUUUCGGAGGUGUCGGGUGAUGAUGAUGCCAAGUACACGGUGAAGGCGGUCAACAGCCUGGGGGAGGCGACCUGCACUGCUGAGCUGCUGGUGGAGGUGAUGGCCGGAGAGGAGGAAGAAGAGGAGGAGGAGGAGGAAGAGGAGGAAGAGGAGGAGGAGUAAAGACUGUCUGAACUCCCACGAGAGGAGGAGGCGGCGGCUCGAUCCUCCUCCGCCUGUCAGACCCACAAACGACGGGUUGUGAUUGGAGGAGCAGGAGGGCGGGGUUUAACACACCAGGACAGGUUCUCACCGUGUAUCAGCAGCAAACUGGUGCACACGUUUUCUUAAAGAGAAUUGAAUUCACCAACAAUCAAACCCACAGAAUCGUUUUUCAGAUGUCAGAUUUCUGUUCACACUCUUUUGUUCAGUUUCUCUCUUUAGAGCAGGUUUGACCAGCAAUGAUGUAACCUGCUCGAUGCUGUGUGCUAAACUCCUCCCAAUUGA